CUUGUGCUCUAUAUUAAUAGGCAUCUGUAUGAGCAGAGCCCUUUACUCGUGCAGAAGAAGACUCUCUUCAUGUGGUAGAGUCAAAAGAACAUCAUGGAGGUACUGGAUGUCCUAAAUCUGGGCGAAAUUGCCCAUUAUUUCUCUAAAAUGGCGAUGUUUCCAGUGUUUGAUGUCGCUUAUUAUAUCGUGUCGAUACUCUACCUCAAAUAUGAACCAGGUGCUGUGGAGGUGUCCCGUAGAAGUCCAGUGGCCUCUUGGCUUUGUGCUAUGCUCUACUGUUUUGGGAGUUAUAUACUAGCAGACAUCAUGUUGGGUGUGUCACCAAUAGACUAUUUCCAUAACAACAGUCACAUCCUACUGGCUUCAGCUGUCUGGUACCUGAUCUUCUUUUGCCCUCUUAACCUGUUUUACAAAUGUGUGGCAUUUCUGCCAGUGAAACUUGUGCUGGUGGCCCUGAAAGAAGUUGUCCGAACUCGUAAAAUUGCUGCUGGAGUUCAUCACGCUCACCACGCAUAUCACCACGGGUGGUUGAUCAUGGUUAUCACUGGUUAUGUUAAGGGGUCAGGGGUCGCUCUCAUGUCCAAUUUUGAGCAGCUGUUGCGUGGAGUGUGGAAGCCUGAGACCAAUGAAAUCCUCAACAUGUCAUUCCCCACUAAAGCAAGUCUGUAUGGAGCGAUUCUGUUCACACUACAGGAGGCCCAUUUGCUCCCUGUGUCAAAGAGCAUACUCAUCUGUCUCUUUACUUUCUUCAUGGCAUCAUCCAAGGUUUAUAUGACAGCCCGUCACUCUCACGGCUCGCCCUUCGCCCUCGUCGAGUCCUGGUUGUGCCAUCUGCUGUUUGGUUCUCCUCUUGGCGGUGGUGAGGAUGCUCACGAUCACCACCACCACUCUGCUCCUGCUGCCGCCCCUGCACCUCUAUCUCCUUCCAAAACCAAGGAGGAACUGAGCGAAGGAACCCGCAAGAGAAAGUCAAAGAAAGCCGAGUAGAGCACCGACAUUAAACCAUCAACCCAAGCUGUAAAAUAACACAGGGGCUCCGCUCUGUUCGAGAAAAGAUUUUGAUGUUAAGUCAAAGCAAGUUUCUCUUUCAAUGGUGCUUUUAAUAACAGACAUGCCACAUACUGUAGGGACUGUAUAUAGCUUCCCAAAAUAUGUGUAUUUAUUUAUUUUUCACAAUGUUUUCCAUCAUGGAAGCCCCAUGUUUUCAUCUGCUAAAGUGUACAGUAUGUCAUGAACAGAUGUAUAAUGAAUGAAUGAAUGAAUGAAUGGCAGCACGAGGUCAAUCUGCCUUAAAUUGACUACAGAUUUGAAGGUCAAUCCAACCAACUCGAGAAAAAAAGUCACCACUGUUUGAUGUCCACAUCACUUGAGUGCUUUUCACAUUCGAUGGCAUUAAAUUGAAUAAUAUAUUUUUCAAAUCAAAUUAAAAUAAAUUAUUUUCAGCCAGAAGCA